AUGGGUCUGAUUCUCCCCUCGGUGUGCGUGUUAUUAGGCUUGCUUUCUCCGUGCGCGCGUGCCGAAGAAGGCUCGAGCGUCUGGGCCGAGCUCGCGCUGCCGGAGCUCCGGGUCAACCAAGAGAGGCAGCUCGGUCCGCCAUACCUGCACCUCCCGGUCUUCCUGCACUCCAGGGUUCCUCUGCUGGACAAAGCCCACUUCUCCCCAGCGCGCGGCUCGGGGCUCGAGAAGCUUCCCGAGCGCGUGAGGAACGUGCUGGUUCCCCCUCCAGCGCCCGCGCGCUCGAGCGGCGCUGAGAACGGGCGGAACCGCUUGCGCGUGGCUUGCAGCGCCACACAGAUGCGCGUGAAGGUCCCCAGAGAGACGGUGGGCUCCGCUGAGGGGCUCAGGCUGGGCACGUGCGAUGUGAGCUGGUCAACAAAGAAGCAUCUCGUCUUCCUUCAUGAUCUCCACCAGUGUGGAACCAAAAGAGAGAUAAUAAAUAACAGGGUGGUUUAUUCCAACACGCUCCACUACGCCCCUCUGGAGGCCUUGGGGUCAGAAAAAAGGCCUUUCUCCGUACCUGUGAAGUGUCACUUCAACAGGUUCCACUACUCCUACAAAAUCGGUUUUGUGCCUCAGGUUGAAACUCUGAGGCUCUUCAAACCCAUGAAGACGAAGGGCAGCGUCUCACUGAGCGCGUAUGACGCUCAGUGGAACAGACUGAACUCGUCUGAAGGCUAUAUCGUCGGUCAGCCCAUGUACUUUGAGGUGGAAGUUUUGUCGGUUGCAGAAGAUCAAAGGUUAUUUGUGAACUCGUGUCACGUGACCAUGAACAGUUCUCGCCUCUCCACACCGCGGCUCAGCGUCAUCGACAACUAUGGAUGCAUGGUGGACAGCAGGAGCAGCAGUGAGUCGAGGUUCCUGAAGAGCAGCAGGAGGAACGUGGUGAGGUUUUCUGUGGAAGCGUUUGUGUUCCAGGGAAAGCUGGCUAAGCAGCUGUACAUGCACUGCGAAACCACAGUCAGCAGCGCGACUCCGACUGCAACCUCAAAGUUCUGCACCUACAACCAGAAGAGCGGCAGGUGGGAGGAACUCUACGGCUCCAGUGCUGUUUGCUCCUGCUGCAACUCGACAUGUCUCUCUGGCGCCCCCACUGGUGACGAGUCCAACAGAACGGACACUAGUGAUCAGAGCUCCCUGCAGGUGGGUGAGUAUGUGGGCGAAAUCACAGACGAGAGCGUGAAAGUGGAACAUCUGACCACAGCGCAGAAGGAGGAUGCAGUGGAGCCACACCGGACGUUUGAGGAGGUGUUUGGACUGGACUGAAUUAAAGACCUUAAAGUAGGACACUUGAUAAAUGAAGAUUCACUGAUGCAGAAUGACUUUCCAAUCAAAUGUCAAUAAAAACAAAACAAGGCUAAUCUUGUUUCCAGUUUCUAUAAUAUACCAAUCAUAAUCCCAGUAAA